UAUUUUUCCAAUUUCCCAAUUUUUUUUUUCCCAUCAACCCAAAGAUUAAAACUUUUUAAUUUUGUCUCCCCCAAAACCCAAUUUAAACACCACUGCUUAAACACACUCGAAAAAAAUAAAUAAUUUUCCCCCCUUUUUUCUCGCACAUUAUUAUGGCUUUUCAUGUAGCUUGCCCAAUUACCUGCCGGAAGAUAUGUUUCUGUGCGUUGGGUUAUCCGGGGAGGUUGCGGAGCGAGAAGGGCAAGGAGGACUUUUUGCAGGAGGUUGCUAGGGUUGAGAAGUUUCUGAGUGAUCCGUGGUUGAUUAAGGCGAGAGAGAAUGCCACGAUUCAGGUUCAGGUUCCCAAAGUUGCUGUCUCGGCGCCUCCGCCGCCUCCGCCGCCCCAAUUUCCGGCGGCAGCGGCUGUGUCGGUCGGGGUUGGAGGAGACGACGCCGCCGCGAUUGAAGCGGCAUCCGCGCAGGUGAAGAGGGUUGCGCUGCAGAAGCAAGCUGCUGCCGCGUCGAUUGUGGCUGAGGAUUACGCCAGGAGGUUUGAGUCUGGUGAUUUGCUGACUUCCGUAAAUGACGGUGCUGGAGAGGAGCAAGGUCAGUCAACUGCCAAAGUACUGUGCCGGUUAUGCUUUUCUGGUGAAAAUGAAGGAAACGAAAAGGCAAGAAAGAUGCUAUCUUGCAAUAGCUGCGGCAAGAAGUAUCACCGAGGCUGUUUGAAAUCCUGGUCUCAGAACAGAGAUCUUUUUCACUGGAGUUCUUGGACUUGUCCCUCUUGUCGUACAUGUGAGGUCUGCAGACGAACAGGAGAUCCAAAUAAGUUCAUGUUCUGUAAAAGGUGCGACGGUGCAUACCACUGUUACUGUCAGCAACCUCCACACAAGAAUGUCGGCCAUGGGCCUUAUCUGUGUCCAAAACAUACCAAGUGUCAUAGCUGUGAUUCGGCUGUCCCUGGAAAUGGCCUAAGCGUAAGGUGGUUUCUGGGAUAUACUUGUUGUGAUGCUUGCGGAAGAUUGUUUGUGAAGGGAAAUUACUGCCCCGUUUGUUUGAAGGUCUAUAGAGAUUCUGAAUCGACUCCUAUGGUAUGCUGUGAUGUCUGUCAACGCUGGGUGCACUGUCCAUGUGAUGGGAUCAGUGAUGCAAAAUACAUGCAAUUUCAAGUUGACGGAAAUCUCCAAUACGUUUGUCCAACAUGCCGUGGAGAAUGCUGCCAGGUUAGGAAUCUCGAAGAGUCUGUUCAGGAGCUUUGGAAGCGAAGAGACGAAGCUGACAAAGAUUUGAUAGCAAGCUUGAGGGCAGCUGCUGGUUUGCCAACUCAGGAAGAAAUAUUCGACAUUUCGCCUUUCUCCGACGAUGAAGAAAGUGCGCCCCUGCCGAAGAAUGAAUACGGCCGUUCGUUGAAGUUUUCUCUAAAAGGAUUUGGCGAUAAAUCACCUAAAAAGAGCAAAGAGCAUGGGAAAAAAUCUUCAAAGAAGAAGCACAACAAGAAAAAGGGGAACCGAAGUUUUGGUGGCGACUUCAAGAAUGAAGAGAUGCAAAUUUCUGGCGAACCCACCGCCUUUUCUCCUGUGGCUGGAAGUUUGACAGAAGGUACAAGUGCAGUGAAGCACAAAAACGUUGAUGAGGUUUUGACGACUAAUGUGACGAAAGGAUCUAGAACUAUCAAGAUUAAGAGUAAUAAAUCUAAUGGCUUAGCUAACAAGGACGAAACUGGAACUAAUAGUGGCGCGCCCAAGGCAGCACCAAAGCUUGUUAUACAUUUGGGUGGGAGAAGUAGAAAUACGAUUAGUCCUCCAAUACCUGACGCUGCUCCGAGUGUUAAAACGGGGAAAAACUUCACUUCAUCAAAAGGACAAGAAAUAGACGAAAAGAAUCAAGUGAAAGAUUCGAAGUUACGAGAAAAAGACGGCCGCUUUAUAAAGCUCAAGAAUCCCAAUUCAGGACCAUCUAACGUUACCUCAAAAAUGACAGUAGGAGAAUCCGCCGAAGAGUACAAACCCGUUUCUCCAAAGAUCACAUCUUCUGUACUGGGAAAAAGAGUUAACGAAGACAGUAGUGCAUACACAAGGAGUGGGAAAAGACAUACCUCAGUGAAGCAAGCGGAGGAUGAGUCCGUUUUUGGUGAUUUAGUUGAAGAAAAUAGUACAGUACCUACAAUUUCACAGUCUUCGGUUAAAGAUCGAAAGCCUAACUUGAAGUUCAAAAUUCCCAAGACUUGUAAUGAAGGAAACCAAAACGUCUCCAGUAGUUUGAAUACAGUAAAUCAAAGUCCACUGCCACUUGCUGGGAAAGAUGAGCUAAUCUACACAAGGGGUCAAAGGUCAAAACGAAAGAGACCAAUCGGAGAUCAAAAUGAAGACAACGCAAUCAAGGACUUUACGGAUGCCAAUUGGAUACUGCAGAAGUUGGGAAAAGAUGCUGCUGGGAAAAGAGUCGAAGUUCAUCAGCCAUCCGACAACACCUGGCAUAGAGGAACGGUGAUAGAAAUCUCUGAGGGUACAUCGGCUGUUUCGAUCGCACUCGAUGAUGGAAAUGCAAAGAGUUUUGAACUUGGGAAGCAAGGAAUCCGUUUCGUCUCUCAGAAGCAAAAGCAUUGGAUUUUACUUCUUUUUCGGGGAUUUUUAAUCUUUCUCAAUAGAAGCUCGUUUUUUGAAGCAUGUAGUCGAAGAAGCUUCUAGAAGGUAUCUGCGUAAGUCUGAAAAUGUCGGGAAGUGAUGGAGCUGCCGGCUUCGAUUUCGUACAAUUUUAUUUUAAUUAAACUCGGUUAAGAUUAGAUAUUUGGUUAUUGCUGUGAUUAUGGCCAUAAUUUUCAUACUCUUUGUACUCUGUUUUAUGUAAAUGCAUAGAAUUAAUUAUCCAUGUAAAGCAACAAAUGAUAUUCCAUUGGGAGCUUUAAUUACCCUUUUAUCUCAUGCAUGUUUUU